AGAGACGGUGCACGCAGGCUCGGCUCAUGGUCACUCGCGGACCUUAUUCCGUGUCGCUUUCCCCUUCUUCCCGGCAUUCCUGCUUCCGCUUUCUCACGGCUCUUUGGUUUUUCCACCUCCGAGGCACUUCGCGCCCAGGGGUUCGGUGACGUCAUCUCUCUGCGCUGCGCGGACACCCGCCAGUGGAAGAAGGAACCGCUCGCCGCCCUUCGCCUCUUUUGUUGGGCUGCUGCUUCUCCGGAAUCAUGGCGCCGUCACUGUGGAAGGGGCUGGUGGGCGUCGGCCUCUUUGCCCUAGCCCACGCGGCCUUUUCCGCUGCGCAGCAUCGUUCUUAUAUGCGAUUAACAGAAAAGGAAGAUGAAUCACUGCCAAUAGAUAUAGUUCUUCAGACACUUCUGGCCUUUGCAGUUACCUGUUAUGGUAUAGUUCAUAUUGCAGGAGAGUUUAAAGACAUGGAUGCCACUUCAGAACUAAAAAAUAAGACAUUUGACACAUUAAGGAAUCACCCAUCAUUUUAUGUAUUUAACCAUCGUGGUCGAGUACUGUUCCGGCCUUCGGAUACAACAAACUCUUCAAAUCAAGAUGCAUUGUCCUCGAACACAUCAUUGAAGUUACGAAAACUUGAAUCACUGCGUCGUUAAGAUUUUUACAAAUUAUAAUAACAGGACAGGACACAGAGCUGGAAUAUUGGAGUUUGGGGUAUAAAACACUCCCCCCAUCAUCAGUAUUUAUAUUAUAUUGAUCUUUCAGACCUAAUUAAAAAAAGUCUGUGGCUCUUGUUUGUACACUGUUAAUCAAAUCGUUAAUGGAGCAUAAGUUAUCUGUGAAAUGAGUCUUUGAUCUUUCAUAGAGAGAAUUCUUUUUUCCAUUUAAAACAAAUUCAUAUCAUUUGUAAAAGUCACUGUUUUGAACACAUUACUUUGAAAAAUGUUGAUGAUUUUGUAAUUAUUUAUUUUCUUAGAUUUCUUUUCUUUUGCACUUGAGUUUUUAGGAUCCUUUUGGAAAUAAUGUGACUACUGCAUUUUGCAGCAUGAAUGAAAGUUAAAAAGUCUUCGGUUCUUAACAACAAACGGACUUCUCUAAAGAGACCAAAAUGGUGGCUUAUCAGUUUUUCUUACGACCCCUAAAAAGUGGCUCUGCUUCAGCAGAUGCUUGCCAGUUUUUAAUUUCUCAUGACUUCUUGCCCCACCCCACUCCCAUAUACCUCCUAACAUCGACUGUCUUGUUUCAUCACUUCUCUGGGGUUCUGUGUGCAGUGAGCAAUUCUUGUGUCAGAAAUUCUUUGUCAUAAAUAUAUUUAACAAAUUCAACUUGCUGUAAAGCUACUUGUGUUCUCUUCAUUUCUCUGUCAGAAAUUUCCCCAGUUGGUUAUGUAGUUAAAGAAUAGUUGAAGACAGACCAAAAGACCAUUCAUGAUUUCAUGGAUUAUCCUGCCUGUGUAGAAAAAUAGUAAUCACUGAAGAAAACUGAUUACUUGUCAUCAGCCAGUUUAACUUAUUCAAAGUCUCUGUUAUUUUAUUGCUUACUAAACUAGCAAAUUAGUAAAACUAAAGGAAACUUCUCAUCAAAGGUAGGCUUCAAAGGCAUUGGGACAAAUAUGUUUUAAAUAUUUGGAACUAAUAUCUUCAAUGAAAAACAAAGUCAUUUAAGAAACUGUUUUAUAGCUUCGGAUUCGUUAGCAGGCUUAGAGUUUUUCCAUCUUUGUUGGAUGCUGCCGAAGUUGAGGAUGAGGGGACAGAGUAGACUUUUUUUAGAAACAGUAAUUUUGGGUUUAGGGGAUUUGGCUAGCCCUUUGAUCUGCAGGGAGCUUAAUAUUUCUUUGUAAAGGAGGUUGCUUUUGUUGAACUGUACAGGUAUGAAAACAUUGCUUUCUUUGAAUUGUAUAGGUGCAAAGGGAAUAACUAUGCAGACUUGAAAAGCAACACGCUUUCGGCAAGAGUCAUAAGAGGCCCUUCUGCUGGAUGGCAUUUUUCCCAUUAGAAAUGGACUUCAGCUCUUCUAUUCUGCCUGGUAACACACAGCCCCAAAGCACGAGACUCUUUUGUCAUUGAGCUUUUACUGUUGUUUAGUUUUGUUUUGCCAACCCAAUAUAUCAAUGGAACACUGACUCUGCUCUCUAAGGAGAACAAAGUUAGAAAUCUGCUGAUAGCCCAAGAUAAUUUAGAAAUGAGUUAAAAAUGGAAUUCAGGGGUUAAUGUGAUAAUUAAAUCAAAAUAUUGUAUGAGAGGGGCGCCUGGGUGGCUCAGAUGGUUAAGCGUCUGCCUUCGGCUCAGGUCAUGAUCUCAGGGUCCUGGGAUCGAGUCCCGCAUCGGGCUCCCUGCUCCUUGGGAGCCUGCUUCUCCCUCUGCCUCUCUCUCUCUGUCUCUGUCUCUCAUGAAUAAAUAAAUAAAAUCUUAAAAAAUAUAUAUAUAUAUAUUGUAUGAGAAACAAGCUCCUUCCGUCAGGCUGGCCUGCCAUUUCCUCAGGUGUGACUUGAUUCGAAAGGGCCUUUUCUCUUUGGGGGCUGCCUUCCUUUUUUAUUAUUUACAUACCUUCAAUGCAGCCAUUUAAAGGGUACAGUUCAAUGGUUUUAUCAUAUAUUCGCAAAGUUGUACAACCACUACCACAAUGCAUUUUAGGACAUUUCUAUCACCCCCAGAAGAAACCCUGUACCCUUUAGCGGGUGCCUCUCAUAUCCCCCUGCCCCAGUGCCUCCCAGCUCCGGGCAACCACUAAUGUACUUUCUGCCUCUCUAGAUUCGCCUAUUCUGGUCCUUUAAUAUGAAUGGAUUCUCACAAUGUCUGGUCUUUAGUGACUGGCUUCCCAAGUAUAGUUUUGUUCUAUGUGGAGUGAGAACUUCUCCCCUUGAGAACUGUGAUCGCUGUGAAAGGAAGUGGUUGGUCAAAUCAGUAGAUGUGGAGUAGGGAGGGCCAGGCACUUACCACGUUUCUUCGUCAAUCUUAGGCUGAAUGGCUUUUCCUCAUAACCAAGCACUCGUGAUAUAUGACUAUUUAUAAUAUUUUGGCUAGUCUCUAGAAUGGAUAUUGAAAUCUUUGCCUGCCCAGUCAGGAAAGUCCCAGUAAAAAUGAUGCCCCAUAGUUUGGCAGAGAAUUGACAUAGUUUUCAGGUGCAUCUAACUUUGCUAGCAGCUUGUGUACCUCGGGCCAGGUGAGCUUCCCAAAUUUCUUCUUCAAUUUCCUCCAAUGAAUUUCUGUUUUCUUCUUCCAGUGUGUACCAUAGGAAUAGAGGUGAUUUGGGUGCAUCGUAACAGUGCUAAAUGGAUUAAAUUCAGAAUUUUAUUUAUAAUACUUUGAGACAGUCCAUGACUACCUAGGGUAGUCCAAAAAAAAUGUAGUGAUGUAAGCUAGUUAAGCCUGCAGUUGAUUGCGAUUUUAGUGACAUUCAGAAGUGUGCACUAUCGAAGGCUCUCUAGAAUAUAGGAAGAGACUUCUUAAUAACUAGGGAACCAGCCAAAUGCUAUGGGCUAAUGGCCCAGCCACAGAAAAUGCAGAUCGGCGGAUUGGAGACCAUGAUGCUCUGUAACUCCCUAAUGAUUGUUUCCAAAGCACUGUGGCUUAUUUUUGAGUGGCAUGACAGCAGCUUCCUGGUUGUAUGUGGCCUGUUUCCAUGAUGUAUUGAGUAGUGUUGUUUGUUGUGAACAUCGAUGCCUGUAACACCAAGCUAAACACCUCCUUUUGGAUAUGUUUCCUCUCUUUAAAUGGCCUUGCCCUGUCCAAUAAAUAAAUGAUUGUCUCACCCUGU